AGCAAAAAGCGGGCGCUCUUACCAUUUCUUUCCUUAGAUUCUGUCUUUCUUUUACACGUUUUUCAAUUAUAUAUUUUUUUUCCUUUCCUUUUUCUAUAUUGUUAGAGUCCUCUCUAUCUAUCUCCUUCUCCCUGUCCCUGUCUCCUUCUAUCUCCUUCUAUCGCUCUCUCUCUCUUUUUCUCUCUUUUGCCACCACCCUUUCUCUGUCUCUCUUUCUCCCAUUCAUAAACACGACAAAAAAAACAUAUCAAGAAAGUAACUAUGCUUUCUCAUCAGGACAACAAUGUAGACCACCUACAAUCUGGUAUGAAUGACCUUCGAAUAGACAAUGAACAAUAUUAUCAACAACAUCAGCAGCAGCAAUAUCAGUCACCCAAAGAAGACUCUGAUGACGAAGUACCUCUCGUCAUGAACCAUCAUCAAAUACCUGUUAGUGUUCAAAAUAUCGCCAAUCAUCUCAAUUCUUCAAGACCAAGUCAUUAUAUCAAACCUGCUUCACAAACUACACAGACCGUUCUUCAAGAUUUACCAGCUGAUAUUCAAACUACUCAACUCAUGUACAACUACUAUACCGAAAAAACAUACCUGGAAGGAUACUUGUUAAAGAUGAAUGAUUUGACUGUGGAUGGAUCUUCUUGUGGUGAUUCACGAUGGACGCGAUGGUAUGUGGAACUUUGUGGACCUGUAUUGACUUUAUGGGAUGCUGAAACCAAUGAUGAUACUAGUCAUGCAGUGAUACCUCAAUAUAUCAACUUGGCGGAUGCUUCUGUAUUUAUCAGUGAUCAAGAACAUGGUGUAAUUUCUCUCAACUCGGCUGGAUCCAAUCGAUUCCUUCUUCAACCUGUGGAUGACAACCCUGCAUAUCAGGCCCCGCUUUGGGUAUGUGCAAUGCGACUCUCCUGCUUUGAAUGGUCUCGAAUUCACGAAAUAUAUACCAUGAAGUUUAUCUCUCGUUACAACGCUGAUGUCAUGGCUGCUACCAAAGCUACACCAAAAAUGGAAGGUUUUGUUCAAGUUCGAUUGACUGGCGCAACCGAAUGGCAAAAAUAUUGGACGGUGGUUUCUGAUCGACGUGAUGAAAAAUCGUUUUUUGGUAAGAAAAAGGUACCUUCUCGUGGUCAACUCUCGUUUUAUGAAUCCAAGAAGCAAAAGCAUCCUAAUUUCAUCAUGAUGAACGUGGUACAUGCCUACACUUUGUAUCCAGAAUCUCCACAGCUUAUCGACAUGGCAACUAUACUCAAGGUAGAAGGUUCUAUGGCCUCAAUCAAAGCGAACGGUGAACAGGAACCCAGCAAAGAUACUUCUAGUGCUCUGAUUAUGGCUUCUUCUCGUAAAGAAUUGAUCCAAUGGCUUGUUGCUGUGUUUGAUUCCUUUAAACUUUAUGGACGACCUACCAAAAUUUAUGAUGAUCCUUUGAAUCUCAAUUCACUCAAUUUUGGUGAACUAGCGGCUUCAAAUCCUCGUUUAUUUUUGGAAAUACCUGAAGUUCAACAUGUUGAUAUUUAUCAAGAUACCUAUAUCGAUAAUGUAGCUUCUUUCGCCGGUGUUUUACUGAACAAGAUGACAAACCCAGCCUCUCGUGCAAAUCAACAAUGGAAUAUUGGACAGAAUAAUGACGAUCAUAGAAGAAGCUUACCACUUGAACAAUCAUUCAAUCAUCCUUUGGCUGCCAACCGUCUCUCUGAUCAACGGCAACAACAACAACAACAACAACAAGGAAUGACUCCAAGCUCAUCUAGCCGUGGUGGUAAACUUAUUUAUGCUAGCGACAGUGAUGAUGAUGAUGAUGAUGACGAUGAUGAAGAAGAAGAAGAAAGCGAUGACGAUUCCCUCGAUCAACCUCGUAGAUCUGCCAUUAAAACAUCCCAAAUUUCAACUUCAAUGAACAAAGCACACCAACAAAAAAAAGUAGAUGAAGAGGAUACUGACGACACACAAUCAACUACCUCUGAUGUAUCAGACUCUUCUGCACCACAACAAAAAUCAGAACCGACAUCAUCUCGACAACGACCUCGCCGACGUAUUGUGCGCCCUCAAGCUAGCAUUAGUGGAUCAGGAACAGAUAGUGAUGAAGAUGAUGAUCAUAACAACACUAGAGGUGGAAAUACAACCGAUGAUGAUGAUGAUGAUAAUUCUGCAUUGGCACCUGGUGGUCAUCAAACCACUUCAACACCUUCACCAAUGAUGGCCAUGAACAACAAUCCAUCUGGACAAUUUUAUGAUCAACAACAACAACAACAAUAUCAUGAUGGAACGAUGUAUGAUCCUGUUACUGGUAUGUAUUACGAUGAUCGACAAUUCGAAGGACCUGCUGGUAUGGAAAUGGGUGAAGAUGGACCUGUGAUUCCUGAACUUGGUUCACGUUUUGCAACACAAAAUAGUCUUUUGGAUACAUAUCGACCGGAUCAACCAUCUGCUAAGGAUCAAAUCGAAUAUGCAAAACAAACUGGACAUACCUUACUGAGUGUUCCUAACAAGCCUCCUGAACCUCGUACUGGCUUAGUUGGUAUGAUCUCUCAAAUUGAAGUGGAUAAGAAGGAACAAAAACUGAACAAAGGAAGAAUGUUACAAAUGGAAAAGAAUCAACUUUUAGAACGUGAACGUGAAAGAUACUUAUGGGAACAACGUCAACAAAUGAUGCCUCAGAUGGGAAUGAACCAAGCCAACAUGACACCUAUGGCGAUGAAUCCACCUAUGGGGAUGAAUCAAUAUGGAAUGGGACAUUAUGGAAUGGGUCAGAUGCCAAUGAUGGAUCCUAGAAUGUCAAUGAUGCCACCUAUGAUGGAUCCAAGAAUGUCGAUGAUGCCACCUAUGAUGGAUCCAAGAAUGUCGAUGAUGUCUCCAAGUAUGAUGAAUUUAUCAAGUCUCAGUAACAACAAUUUAGAUCCUCGUAUGUCAAUGAACCCUUCUACCAAUGAUACAGUGGAUCCACGUAUGUCUAUGAUACCUCCCAUGAUGGGUCAAAUGCCAAUGAUGAUGGAUCCUCGAAUGUCCAUGAUGAAUAUGCAAAUGAUGAUGUCAAUGUAUCAAAAUGGAAUGUGGAAUCAACAGCAAAGAUUUGGUGGUGGUCCUAAUAUGGAUGAUGAUGAUGAAGAUGAUGAUGUCCCUCUUGGUGGUGGUACUGGUCAUGUCAAUGAAGCUACUAGUACAAACAAACGUUAGAUCAUUUUAUU